AUGGACGCAGCCAGUUGUUUUGUGCUGUCUCAUCACUUGCCAAUUCAGCAGUGGCUUUGGCGCGGCCGCCAGAUGCCCACGAAGACGCACCACCUCUGUGGCCCUCAGCUACUGAAGGGCUUGGGGAGUUUUGCUACACGCGUUGUGUGCGGCGGCACACACUGCGCUGCAAUCUGUGCUGCGGACAGGAGCAGCGAGCAGCAGUUGCUGCAGCAACUUCUGCAGCAGCUGGACUGGAAGGGCCAGAAACAUAAGUCUACACUUUCAACUGCUGUCGUGAGGGAGGAAAAAAAUAAAAAGGAAGGGAAAAGGCUGGGACGUCCUUCGAAACUUCUCUUCUCAAGACCUCUUCAGCAGUACAGGGCCAAGCUAGCUCAACAAGCCCAGAAAAAGAAGCGUACGGAGCUGAAACUCCUUGCACCACAGCAAGAGAAACAGGAGAGCAAGAGCGCUUACCGUCAGUCGGGAGACAAACUGUUGAUGUGGGGCAGAGGGUCUGAGGGACAGCUGGGUCUGAACUCGAUCCGCAAUGUUGUGAAACCUAUAGAGUUACCUUUCUUGCAGGACCCAAAACGUCCCUCCUACAUCCAGAUCCACAGAUUGGCCCUUGGCCUCGCCUUUACGAUUGCCGGCGUUUCAUUUUGCCCCUCCAGUCACUCUUCCGAGGAUGAACGUUCUCGCAGCUCCUCAUCGUCGUCCUUCGCCUCUCUACCGCCCUCACUGGAGGCUACUAGCAAAAGCGGCUCUGUGGACUGGUCAGAGAAGACAAGUGGCCUGUAUGGACGGCCCCCGUGGGUGCCUCCGCUCUGCUUUGCUCAGACGGGUCCUUCCUUUGUUUCCAUUGAUAAGACGUCAAGCACGUCUUCAAAUGCAGAAGAAAAAGCAGCAGGGGACGGUGGCUGGACAAAAACGGUAUUGAGGGAGAUAACUGUCUCAGAGGCGGCUGAGGCAAUUCGCUGCUCCAGCUUUUCCAGAAAAGAAGACCCGUGCAGGAGUCACUCACUACGUUCUUUUCCCCUUCAGGCGCCUUUGAGGAGCUUGUCGCCUCCGCUGCGGCGCAAUACCUUUAGUUGUGGACUCAGCGGUUCUGCUGAGGGCAGUUUCCAUUUUACAGACCUUUUCAGCUCUGCAGUCUCCUCCGACAGUCUUCCUCAUUGUCCUUCGGCCUCUUUUGGUAAGUAUGGAGGCCAGUCAGGGUCCCAUCUCCGUCCUGACAGAGCAAAUCUGGAACAGCACGCCUGCGUGUUGCCCAUUCAGCUAUAUGCAUGGGGCAGCAAUGAGCAGCAGCAGAUUCCCCUAUCUCCCCAACAGAGACAGGAAACAGGGAGAAAGAGAAUCAAGCUUCCAAAGCGAAUUGAUCUUGAGGCACUUGCGUACAGUGCUCUCCAGAACAUCUGGACACCUCCACUAGCAUAUACUGCUGCCGGCUUUGGAGGCAGCAACAGCAACUGCAGUGGGGACAGCAGCGGCAGCGGAAAAGGAACUGCAGAGGCUUCACCGCAGGCAAAAGAUGCAGCAGUCACCCAACGUAUUAAGGGGCAUCUUUUUUUCUCACAACGACUUCGGACUCCUCUUCAGAUCCUGCGGAACUAUCGGAAACGCUCAUUCCUCGCAGCAGCACCAAGUACAAUGGCUGGGCCUGCUUGUCAGACCCGCAGGAAUGCUGCAAAUGAGGCGGGAGAACCAGAGCAACAAAGCCCAUUGAAGGCAUAUCUUUCCCGGCUGCUCACGCGACUGGACUCUCUAGGGGGCAAGGAUACAGAGGUUGGGAAGAGACAGGCAAAACGAGCAGAAGGGACAGACGACAAGACAGCUAACAAGGGCUCAAGAGAACAUACAGGGACAACGGCAGCCGCGAAAAACAGAGCAAAUGAAGCUUGCUUGUCUUCCAGCCCACAUUCCAUGGAGGUAACAGCUCCACAAACAAAAGGCAAGGGGGUACCUCUAAGGUCAAAAAGCUGUACGGAAACUAAUAAACGGCCUUCCCUUUUCUCUGUAGGCAUCCGACGGCUUCCCAUAUCUGUUACACGAAAACAGGCCAACUCUGCUGCUUCGAACAGAUACAGCAGGCAAGCUUCACUAUCAAGCAAAAGCGGAGGCCAACCUUUCAGUUCACGCAGCAGCAGUAGCAGUGGCGGCGGCGUCUGUAAUACCAGCACCCGCAACAAGCUUGAAGCUCGAAGACGCAAAGGUGAGUUAAGUGUAUUUGGCUCCGUACGCCGGAGCAGCGCAAGCCGCUCGUACACGGCCCCGAAAGACGACGACCCGCCCAUGGGAACACGCGGGGAAUUGGGUGCAGAUGGCGUGUGGAGAUCCAUUGAAAGAGUAACAGUAAAGGAUAUUGCAGCAGGAGAAACGCACAGUUUGCUGCUGCUGGAGAUUUCGUACUGGGAGAGAAUCUGCAGCAGCAGAAGCAGCAGCUACAACAGAAGCCCCUGA